AUGGCCACAUUCGAAGAGACGUUCAACCCUGCGGCACUGGCACGCUCCGAUACGGUGACCUCGACUACGAGUAACAUCAAGGGGCCUCCUGGUUCAGCGACCAAGCCGGGAAAGACGACGCAGAAUAAUUACCCCCGAGUCGACCUCGAACCUUUGUAUUCCGAACUGAAGUUGUUGAUCGGACAUGACUGGGACACAUAUUACGAUGCGCUGACGAGGUUCAUACGAGGAGAAUUAAAUGCACGCGAGUUUGGCGACCUUUGCGAUGUCUUCAUAUACACCUCCCCACAAACCGAACAUGCGCAUAAUACCUUAAUCAUAGCGGUGCUGUGCAAUACAACGAAAGAUCCACCCGAGCCAGGAUUGGCGGCAUGGGUCAGCGCUGCAACAGACAAAGCGACGCUAGCUGCGUCCUCGAAACCGGCCGUCACAAGCGAUGCAGGGGAACAAAGGCUCAAGGCCGAAGUGAUGGCAUUGCCUGCACGAGACCGACGAAGGCUUAAGGCGGUCUCGAAUGACAAGGCAGAAGAAGAGGCGGCGGCCAGAAAGAAUCCUUACGAGGACUAUUACGUGGCCGGGCGCAUCAAGGCACCGGAGACUGCGAGCACGACGACCGCCGUGGGAAUCACAAAGACCAACUGGGAUUUGGAAUUCCGCAAGAGGUACCUACAGCCACUAUUUUCCGAAACGCUGGAGUUUCCAGACCCGUCGACGAUACACGCGCGGAUUGUCCCGAUAUGUUACGAGGAAGCCGUUGCCUCGGGGUGCUCGCUUCAGUGCGCCGAGUAUGUGGGGAUAGCGGCCGAGACAUAUCUGAAGGGCAUGAUUAGCGAGGUCUUUGACCGCGUCAGGUCGAAUGGUCCGCGGUACGAGAACAGUGCCAGUGGAGGCAUCUUGACAUCUGCGUACAACAAGAAGAUUGCCAGAGAAGAGGAGGAGGUCAAGGCUGGCAAACUCUCAAAGACGCGCGACGACGAUUUGUUGCCUUGCGAAGCUCAGGCAGCGUAUUCGAGAAACCUCAUUAGUAUGGCGGAUUUGCAGCUCACAAGUCAGGUUGGGCCUUUGCCCUGGGAUCAGACACCCUUAAUUGGCUGGGCAAUCACCAACGCUUCGGCAGGACUUGAUUACGAGGGGUGGCAUGCCUCUCCAGGGGCACCGCAGGCUGUCACUACCGGACAUGUUGAGAAAGUGGAGGAUGCGAUGGAUGUGGAUAGCAGUGACAACUAUGGUUGGGAGGGGGCUGCUUCGCACGACACGUCGGCACUUGAAUCGGUGUUGGCUGAAUGCCUUGCAGUCAGUGUGUAG